AUGCUAGUAGGAGGAGGAGUCGGGAUACCUUGUUCUAGCUGGGAAGAUGAGGCGUUUGCCGUAAGCGGGGUCCCUUUCUCUGGCAACUGGAUGUGUUCGCAGUCGAAGGUCGGAGAUACGGUGCCAUUGAGGGAGCACUCAACUGAUCGUGAUGAAGAGGAUGACUGGGAGGCAUAUGGGUGGAAAUACAACAGCCCAGAGGGUCGACGAUCGGUCUCUGGAACGGCACUGAUCCAGAGUUGCUGA